GAUUAUUUGAGUUUAUAUCAAAUAGUCCGUAUUAAUUUUGAUACACCCUGUACAUCGGGUCUACGUGACUUUAGUGGCUACUUGGUACAAGUUAAUUUGUAUGCACUACAUCACACUCGGUACUCCCUGUGAUCGGACCCAUUCAUUACAUUUUUUCCAACCGAAGCAGCAACGUGGUUCUUAUCUUGAGACGGAAACGAAGCACGUGGCCGAAUUUUUCUCUCCCCCUUUUGGAUUCAAUCUUGACAUUUUUCCUGUAUUCGGAAUGCCACCAAGAAAACGAGCGGCGACCCAGAGAUCCCCGGCCAGGGGGAUCGGGGAAAAACGUAACCGCCGGACACCAGUUCAACUCCGGGAACGAAGCCCACCUCACACCGCCACAUCUAGGAAGGAUCGACAAGCCCCGGCAGAGGGGCAGUCACAGCCCCCUGAGGAGGCCCCUCAAUUUCCAAUGGAUAAUACACCGGAUAACCCGGAAAUAACCAAGUGUAUACAAAGGAACUAUUUGCUGUUGGUAUCUGAGGUUACUUCCUGAGGUGUACUCCGGCUGUUUACACACAUGUGAAAAACACGUGGAUUUGAGGGUAGUCUUGUUUACGGGUAAUUUAUUUUCGAAAAUGCCGCGUAGGGUGCUGUUUUUCUGGUGUCGGCAGACGAGAUAGGUAACAUAGAACAUUUCUGACUGCGUUAUUCGGCAUCAAUUCUGUAAACUGAUUUUUAAUGAAUUUUUUUCCUCUAUAGUAAUAUAUAGUGAAAAUAAUUACCGGUGUGAUACCUGUACAGUAACACAUGGGAGGAACAUUUUCAAAUUAUACGUGUAUUCUUCGACAUUCUGGCAAAAGCAUAUUUAACAGUGAACCUUACAAAGAGUUACUUUCAAGUGUACUGUAGAGUAUUUAGGUCAUAAAGUAGGUCAGAAUUAUGUAAUACCUAUUAUGGCUAAAGUGGAGGCUACUGAAAAGUUCCCGAUUCCUACAAACAAGAAAGAGGUAGUGAGAUUUUUGGGCAUGAGAGCUUUUUACAGAAAAUUUUGUCCGAAUUUUUUUUUCAACGGUUGGUCUACUUACCAACCUAUUGCAAACGAGGGAUAAAUUUGUAUGGACAAAGGAUUGCGACGAAUCAAUUCGUAAAAUUAAAUCCGUUCUCAUGAGUAGACCAGUUCUUUGAGCUCCUGAUUUUUUAAAGCAAUUUAAGCUUACUGUAGAUGCUAGUGAUGUAGGAAUUGGUGCUGCUUUGUUUCAAGGACAUAGUGACAAUGUAGAUAGAGUUGUUACAUAUUUUUCUA